CACCAUGCCGCAAGAUGUCGAGAAGAAGCAUCGUUUUACACUAUUGGCAUCGAAGGGGCGCACAAUGGCGAUGCGGUUUUGCCGGCUGAAUACAGCUAUCCAACGAUCCCCGUCCGCAGGUGCAGAUGGCUACAUUCCAAUCUUGUGCCAAGGCUUGGCGGGCGUUUUUGGCAGUUCGUGUUUGGACACAACGGCGAAUGCCUAGUCCUCUCCUCUGCGCCAUUCCGGCAGUUCUGGAACGCAGUACUUUCCCAAUGCGUGUGUUUGCCCGUGAUGUGGAGAAAUUUCUGGCAGGAGAAAGGACAAAUGUUGGCGGAAGCGCCGCGGAGGAGCCGUAUAGAAGCAUCUGUCAGAGGUGUCUUGAGGAGGCUGACACUGCAACUCAAGAUCGUGGGAUGGUGAGGCGGUUACACAGGACGAACAGGAAUCCGGUAUGCAUGCGAGCUACCGUAAGACAGAUUAGACAAUCGCAAGGGCAAUGUAGUACGGACCACUAAAACCCUUUCUCAAAUCGUAGGAGCACUUUCCGGGCGUGUUCCGCCACGCCCCGGUCAGCGGAGUUUAGCAUAAUCCACUUGGUCUCGUCCCUUCUAACCGUCCCCAUGGGGAGGUUGCACUAAGCCGCACCCCAGGCCUGGCUCACUUUCACUGGGCGCAUGCGAGUGUGAGUACGUAUAAGAUACCCCGGCCUGCCCCUUUGAGCGCUCUUCGUCAGACUUCUAUCCUGUGUCUCCAGUCAACA